CGGCGCGGCGGUCGCGUUGCACGGCGAGGGCCGCGGCGCGGGGAGGGGGAGGCGGAGGCGGGCGGGCCCGCGCCGCGGCGGCCGCCGCCCGCCCGCAGCAGGGGCAGCAGCGGCAGCAGCAGCAGCGCCCCCGCCGGCCCUAGCGCCCCCCGCGCCAGCGCGGAGCGGCCCCGCGCGCGGGCGGCAGCGAGGGGGCAGCGCGGGGCCGCCGGGGGGCGGCCGCGGGGCGGCGUGGCGCCGGGGGGCGGGCGGAGCGGAGCGCGGCGGCGGCGCGCAGCCGCCCGCGGAGUGAGGCAGCGAGCGGGCGGGCAGCCGGCGGCCGCGGGAGAUGUGCCCGGAGGAGGACGGCGGCUGCGGCGGCGGCGGCGGCGGCGCGGCCGGCUCCGAGGCGGCGGCGGCGCUGGACGAGCUCCGCUCCUGGUGGGAAGUCCCGGCCAUCGCGCACUUCUGCUCGCUCUUCCGCACCGCCUUCCGCCUGCCCGACUUCGAGAUAGAGGAACUGGAAGCUGCUCUUCACAGGGAUGAUGUGGAGUUUAUCAGUGACCUGAUCGCUUGCCUUCUUCAAGGUUGCUAUCAGCGCAGGGAUAUCACAUCACAGACGUUUCACAGCUACCUGGAGGACAUCAUCAACUACCGCUGGGAGCUGGAGGAAGGGAAACCCAACCCUCUGCGGGAGUCCACAUUCCAGGAACUGCCCUUGCGCACCCGAGUUGAGAUCCUGCACCGCCUCUGCGACUACAGGCUCGAUGCAGACGAUGUCUUUGACCUCCUCAAGGGCUUGGACGCUGACAGCCUCCGCGUGGAGCCGCUGGGCGAGGACAGCAGCGGUGCGCUGUACUGGUACUUCUAUGGCACGCGGAUGUACAAGGAGGAUCCAGUGCAAGCGAAAACCAAUGGGGAACUGGCUCCAGACAGGGGAUGUGGGGGGCAGACCAACACCCCAAAUGUUCCUGGGAAAACAGGCAAGAGACGAGGGCGACCCCCAAAGCGGAAAAAACUGCUGGAGGAAAAUCUGCUGAGGGAGAAGGCAGAAGAGAACUUGCUAAUCCGUGAGACACAGAUAAGAAAUGGGUCCCAAGGGCCAGGCCGUGGGACAUGGUGGCUGCUGUGUCAGACGGAAGAGGAGUGGAGGCAGGUCACAGAAAGCUUCAGAGAGAGGACUUCCCUUAGAGAGCGGCAGCUCUACAAACUCUUGAGUGAAGACUUCCUGCCGGAGAUCUGCAACAUGAUUGCGCAGAAGGAGAAGCGUCUGCAGCGGACAGAGUUUUCUCCCAGGUGGAUGUCUGACCAUCAGCCCAUCAAACCAAUCAAGCAGGAGGUAAAUCCGAAUGUGCUCAGUUUGAUGGAGAAGCAAAGGCGCAGGGAGGAAGAGGAGGAGCGCCAAAUCCUUAUAGCAGUACAAAAAAGAGAGCAAGAACAGCUGCUAAAGGAGGAGAGAAAGAGAGAGAUGGAAGAGAAGGUCAAAGCAGUGGAAGAACGGGCCAGGAGGAGGAAGCUUCGUGAAGAGCGGGCCUGGCUGCUGGCACAAGGGAAAGAGCUUCCCCCAGAGCUUUCCCACUUGGAUCCCAGUUCCCCUACAAGGGAGGAGCGAAGGACCAAGGACCUCUUUGAACUGGACGAUGAGUUCACAGCCAUGUACAAAGUUCUAGAUGUGGUAAAGGCUCACAAGGACUCCUGGCCUUUCUUGGAGCCUGUUGAUGAAUCGUAUGCUCCAAACUACUACCAGAUCAUUAAGGCCCCCAUGGACAUCUCCAGCAUGGAGAAGAAGUUGAAUGGAGGUCAGUACUGCACCAAGGAAGAAUUUGUGGGCGAUAUGAAGACCAUGUUCAGGAACUGUCUAAAAUACAAUGGUGAAGGCAGUGAAUAUACCAAGAUGGCCUACAACUUGGAGAGAUGUUUCCACCGAGCAAUGAUGAAGCACUUCCCUGGGGAAGAUGGAGACACAGAUGAGGAGUUUUGGAUCAGAGAGGACGGGAGGCGGGAGAAGAGGAGCCGGAGGACCGGCCGCUCCAGCACUGGCAGUGUUUGGACUCGGUCACGAGACCCAGAAGGACCAGGCAAGAGGCAGCAACGCCUGGAAAAUGGAGGGAAACCCCCACCAUAUCGAGCUACUGCCAGGGCUCCUGCUUCCUCCUCCUCCUCCUCCUCCUCCUCCUCCUCCUCCUUCUCCUCUGCAGAGGACCCAAGUGGCAACCCAAUGCAGCCUCCUCGGGAAGUGGGCCCUUCCAAUGGGCGAGGUUUCCCUCGCCCGCUACAGUAUGGCGGCAUGCCCAGCCCUGUGCCGCAUCCCGGCCAGAUGAGACCAGCCGUGCCAGGGACGUUUGGCCCUCUGCGUGGAUCAGAUCCAACUAAAUUGUAUGGCUCGCCGCGAGUACCAGAACCCCAUCCUGGAGAUCCGGUUCAGCAGCACCAGCACUUUGCCAUGCAGCCGGCUGUGGGACUGAACGAACACCGAGGUCAUAGGUUGGCUACCCCCGAGAAGCAGGUGUGUGCAGGACCAACGCACGUCGCUGGCCUCGGCCCCCGGCCCGGAGCCCUGCAGCUCGGGCGGAUGAGCGGCCCCCCUCCCGAAGCCAUGUACCCGCCAGCGCAGUUCCAGCAGGGAUUUCUUCCUCCGAGGCACAAUGGGCCUCCCAUGCGGCCACCGGAGAGCUCAGAGGUCCCCCCAGGCCACAUGUACAGGCCCUACAAGUACCUGAACCGCGCGCACCCGGCCCUGUGGAACGGCAGCCACGGCGCUGCCGGCCAGGGCACCCUGGGGCCCGAGGAGAAACCCCCCCUGGGACCGGGGCCCUCUCUCCAGCCUCGUGCCCUGAGUCACAUGAUGGACCCCCGGGCCAUAAGGCCACCUCUGCCUCCCAGCCAGUGGACUGAGCAAUCAAAUUUCCUACCUCAUGGGGUUCCUCCCUCAGGAUAUAUCAGACCACCUGGGAAAGCCACCGGUCAGCGGAUGCCACAGCCACCAGCCUCUCUGUUUGGGGGGCCACCUCAGGUUCAAAGAGGGUGCCAGGGUGGAGACUCCAUGAUGGACAGUCCGGAGAUGAUUGCUAUGCAGCAGUUGUCAUCCCGCGUGUGCCCGCCGGGUGUGCCUUACCACCCUCGCCAGCCACCCCCCCCGCACCUCCCUGGCCCUUUUCCGCAGCUGGCUCACGUGGCGUCUGCCAAUGUGCAGCCCCCGAAACCCAUCGUGGGAAAUGGGAACUCGCAGGAGCAGACCAGUCAGACCAUGGAGCCGGAGAGCAACCAAGUCGAGCCGCCCACCGGUGUGGACGAGAAGGCUCAGUGCAUUGGCAUUCCCGACAGGGCCUACGCCAAACUCCUACCUCAUCCCAAAGCCCCGCUGUCCAUGGAGUGCACCCGCCGCACCUUGCCCCCGGAUGGGGAAGGAGAUGGCUCCGGAGCGAAAAACGACCUGAAGGCAGCGCAGAGCAAGAGUGCAUGGCCAGUGGACAGCACCUACGCCAGCCCAGGCACCCAGGGCUGCGUGAGGGACCUUGUGCCCACCUCUGAGAGAGGAGGGCUCAUGCCUGAGAAUGGGGCUGUGGUUGAAGGGCCCUCGGGCAGCACAGAGGGGAAGGGGCUAGCUGCCAACCUGCUGGAGAAGCCCCUCUGCGGUGGGGGGAAGGCUUUGCCCGAUACAGCCGUGCCUUGUAUGGGGCAGAGCACUGGCCUACCCAGCAUGGAUGCAGGCUCCGUGGGGGCUGCCCCAAACCAGUUCCACCCUCUCUACAUGCCCAGUUUGGAAUACCCAAAUUCAGCCACACGUUACCACAUCAAUCCAGGCCUGCAAGGGUUUAGCCCUGUGAUGGGUGGGAAGCCACCACCAGUGUCUCAUCCGCAGCAUUUUCCAUCGCGAGGCUUCCAGCCAAGCAACACCCAUCCUGGCGUCUUCCCCCGGUACCGCCCCCACCAGGGUGUGGCAUACCCCUACCAGCCCCAGCCUCAACCUUCCUACCACCACUACCAGCGACCACCGUACUACACCUGUCCACAAGGCUACUCGGACUGGCAAAGGCCUCUCCAUCCCCAGGCCAGUCCCAGUGGGCACCCGCCCACCCACCCACCCCUGGGCAGACCUCCUUUCUCCGACCGGGGGAAUGUGAGCAGCUUGCAGGGCUGUGAGGCACUGAGCACUGCCCUGGCUUCUCCAAACCGCAUGGAUGUAGCGAGUGCCAAAGAGGUUUCUCCGAGUGACGGGCAGGAUCUAGUGCCUGAAGAUGAGAAGUCCGAAGAAUCCCAGGAAAGGCCGGAGAGUCCCAAAGAGUUCCUUGAUUUGGACAACCACAAUGCAGCCACGAAGAGGCAAAGCUCGGUGGCAGCAGGAGAGUUCCUCUACGGAGCUCCCCCACCGCCCCUGGGUUCGGGCAUGGGAUUUGGCCCGUCAGCUUUCCCUCCCCAUGGGGUAAUGCUACAAACUGGCUCUCCUUAUGCCUCCCGGCAUCCCGCCAGUCAUUUCCAGCCCCGGACGUACGGAUCACCUGUGAAUGCUCACCUGUCUCAUCACCCAGCCCCUGGCCAGGCCAAUGGCCUCUCUCAGGAGGGACCCCUGUAUCGCUGCCGAGAGGAGAACAUAGGCCAUUUUCAGGCCUUGCUGAUGGAGCAGAGAGGCAGUGGAGGUGGCAUGGGGGGGCCACCCCAGGACUUGUAUAGAUCGUCGGGAAUGCAAAUGCAUCAGGCUCAAGUUCCCUUCCCGAAGAUGCCUACGGCAACCAUGUCCCGGGAAGAGUUGACGCCACAAAAACCACCAGCGUUGCCUCUGGAUCAAAGCUAGUCCAAGGAAGGAAGACCCUCAAGAAGACAAAAGCCACACGUGAUUUGGACAGGGGGGAGGAGGGGCAGGCCUUCCUCCCACCCUGCCCUCACCCAAGCAGCACGGAGCUUCCUGGGGCCAUGGAACACGGUGCCGUGAUGGCUUUUGCAUCGGAAACCUAGAGCAGCGCCAGGCCCCCAGCUGGCCGAGUGGCUGGCUCACCACCACGGGGGAAGUAUCCCAAACUGGUGGCUUUCCAUGCCUGGAGACUGCGUCUCGUUCAGGGUUUGAGGGAUUUUUUUGGGUGGGGAGGGCGGGGGUGGGGAUUGAAACUUUCAUUGACUGCUAAACUCAGGUAUAUUUUUCAGGGUGGAAGAGGACGAUGACGGAAUUUUACUUGUAGUAUUAACGUGUGUGUUUUGGAGCUGGAUCCAGUUUACAGAAUUUAACCUGUUGCCUUUUUAAAUAAAUUUCUGUUGUUGGUGAAUGUAUUGUACAUAACAGGGGAGGGGGUGGGCCCAGCUUGUAGUGGGCUUAGCACUGGAGGAAUCCUUAACUGUUUACAAUCAUGUCACACUGAAAUCUUUCAGGAUAGGAGGGAGAGGGGAGAGAUGAGGGAGUGUGUGAUGACGACUUGCUGUCCUCCUUCCUGUCCUCUGCAGCUGAGACAUAACCCGGUAGUUGUUUGAGUAGCAGGAAUUGCUCAGGAGCAUAAUGUGUCCUCCUCCUUCUCUUCUCUUCUUCCUCCUUUCCCCCCUCACUCCCACCUCUGCCCCCUGGAUCCAGGACCUGAGUGCACUUCCAGCUCCUGUCAUCAUGGGGGAACAAGGAAACCAGGACCAGGAAUUGAGACCAGGACAGGACACUCAUGGCAUUGUCCCUUCUGCUAGUGCAGUACCCCUCUCCCUGCCUUUCUGGUAGCAGUAAUUUAUGCUCUAGAAACUGGAAAAUGGUGUAACUGGUCAUCUUAGACUUCUUUAGGUGAAACCAGGACAGCUAGGGCGUGGAGCAGCACCUGUCUGUAGUAGAACAAAUAUUGUGCAAAUCUGUAAUCCCUUGCUGCCUUAGGAGGAGAGCUGAGUCCCCCUUUUUCUUUCACUGUCACUUGGCUACGUUCCCUUCUUAGCAGCAGCAGAGCAGAAAGUACCCCUGGAUUCCCAACAGUUCUAGUUUGCACGUGGAACAGGAGCUUGAAGUUGCUUGGGGGGAAUGAUUUGUUUGCUGCAGUGCGAGCCAUCUGUUGGCCCGUGGUGUUGGCCUUGGUGUUGCAAGCUGUGGGUGAAUCAGAAAGCAUUGCUUUGAGAUCAAAUGGAGAGGUGCAAUGGCUCGGCAUGUGCAGCGAGGAGAGGGCUGUGUGCUUGAGUUCAGUGCACAAGGCUGUGGGUUCACUGAACAUGUUUAUUAUUAUUGAUACUGUGGCAGCAAGUACUACAGUGCUAGCGGCAGCUUCCUUCACAGGCUAUAUCCAGUCUGAAGGGACUUUCCUCACCAGCGAUACUGCAACUGGGGAGCCUGAACUCACAUUCUUAGCCAGAGACUGAAGUUCAAACAUAACUUUGACCAAUGAGUUCUGCAGAAAUCUCAUCUGCAGCUAUUUAUCCACAUCUUAAAGCUAACAAGCAAGCACAGAGUCAGGGGUAAAGCAAGACUGGGCGGCAAGAUCUGCUGCCACCACAGCCCCAGUGUUGGCUGCAGGUUGGACUAGAGGGACAGCGGUGUAGGAAAAGAAGGAUGCGCUAAUGUGCCAGCCAAAUUGUGCUCCCAUUGGCACAAAUGGCAGCAGAGAUGAGGACAGAGCAGCAUGCUAUUUAGUCUAUGCUGCCAACUAGAGGAGGGUCUUAAUCUCCAGGUUUCCGGAGAGUUUUUCUGGCUGCUUUGUUGUCUUGACUGGUGCCUUCACCUGUACUAGCUGGAUUGCACUAGCCUGUGCUACUGCAAUGCCUUUGUCCUGCUGCAUAGGCAUACCAUGCGUAGGCAAAGCUGAGCAGACUGUGCGUAGCAUCUGACUAGGCCAUUACUCCUUGUCAUAAGCUUUUGGAAACACAAAAAGCCUAAAAGAUGAGAAAUAUUCUUUCUUGAAAGAGUCAGGAUGUCAGUGCCAGUCCUACCAAUGUGUCUUACUGCUGUAUUACUACAGUACUUUUGCCUCUGAUGAGCUGGGUAGGGCCAAGGCAUUUUCCAAGCCUAACAGGAGUUAAAGAACUUACUGCUAUUCCCCCAAGUGUUUAUCAGUUCAGUUCUCCUUGCACCCUGCUGCAGCCAGCCUGUGUACUAUAGCUGCUCUGUUUAGUCCAGGGAGUGCCUGGUUUAGGUGGUUCCUCCCCAAAGGAAGACUUCAAUAUAAUGUGAGUUGCUUAAAAUACCUAGUUAUAGAUGCCAUUAAAUUGCUAAAGGGAGAUUUUUCAAUGUUUGUCAUUUGUGUUUAUCGAACAGGGAGCAGCUUUCACUGGUGGAUUGGUGUAGACUGGAAUACAUAAUCUGGAAGGUUGUCCUUGCAAUGAAAGGCAGGGAACUGCUCUCCGUAGCCAAGAACAAGGCUGUGGCUUGUUUGAAUUCAUCCCAGGUCUGAGGGUCUUCUGCUGACCCACUGGCUGGCGGUGGGUUUUCAGAAGUGCCCCAGCCACCAAGAAAUGCAGAUCUGAAUAUCAUUUUUAGUGCCAUUCACUGAGUGGAGGUACUGAAACAGUAACAGGUAUUUAUUAAAAGCUGUGCAAAUAUAUUUGCUAUUCACGAUAACAAACCUCAGACAAAAGAAAAAAUAGUUGCUUCUUUUUUUCAAAGCACGUUUAAAAACGGAGGAAAUGUAAAAUAUAAUCUCUAGCAAAGUAUUCGAAAUUCUGGAAACAUAAAUGUAGAUUCUGCAAAUGACCCCUGCCAUCCUUCAGCCUAUGUCUUCUGUAUCACAGACAGUUACCCAAAUAUUUGAAGUGCCUUUCAGCUUAUUGUGAACUAUGUGGAACAGGAGGUUUUAGAAACUUUAAAAAAAAAAAAAAAAAAAAGCUGAAGCACUCUGAGUCUUCAUGUGGAACUGGCACUUGGUUCUAGUGUUCGUGGUAUCUGGAUGAGUAUCAACCCCGGAUCAAAACAGAGGAGGAAUAAGAAAGGCAAGAAUUGCUUGUGGUCUGCCAAGAGAUGGUAGUGGAGCAUCAGAUAGUGAUAGAUAUCUUGAGGAUCCUGUAUGGAGUAUGAGAUGGGAAGAUAUCUUUUAUUCGACGUAAUGGAAAUCUGGGAGAAGGUUUUGACUUGUAGAUGGUAGACAAAACACAGAGUAGUGAAGCUGACUCCUUCUGGGAGGGUUUCUGGGUAGAUGGCUUUUGAUGUAGUUGGUAAUUCUCCUUACACUGACUAACAAGCUGCUAUUGUGAGGACACGUGGUUUGUAUUAGAAAAGUACUAAUAUAGUGUAGGGGGAACUAUGGCUGGGCUAUAGGGAUAGGACUUGCUAAGAUUAGAGAGCUGCUUGUGGAAUCCUAGCUCUGAGUUUCCAGACUUUCAAAUGCUUUGUUUAUAAAUGUUUGUGGGGGUUUUUUUGUUUUCUUUUUGUUGUUGUUGUUGUCAUUUUUUUACGAUAACAUCUAGGAAUCCCCCAAAAAUCAAGAGCUCCAUCUCACAAGGUACAACAAUCUAAACAAAUCGUAGAAAUUCCUGCUCCUCACAGUGAGAGCUCACAGUGGCUGGGAAGGGGUUGCUAAGAUGGAGUGCCAACAAAAAUGUACAGAGAGAAGCAGAAAACCUGAAUUUUUACAGCUCAUGGAUUUCCAACCCCUGCUGUGCAGGACUGAUUUGUAGAUGUUGUGACAGAGACAGGUUUAGGGAGAGAUUUAGAAGAGAGUAAGAUGGCAGCUCUGCAUGUGCAGAGUGGUGCUUUUCCCAUGGGUUGGUAUACAGUGCAGGAGAAACAUAGCUGCAUUUUAAAAUAUCCUGGCUUUUGACUGUCAAGACUUCUGUCACUAUCUUAAGUAAUAUUUUAGCACAGUACAGAGAAAAUCUGGACUCUGUGAUUAGAACCCCUCCCUCUCAUCCCCCAGCAUUGCUGUAAUAUAGCAUAUAACCAGUUGGUCCUUCUUCAGAAAGCAUACUGAGCUAGUGACUUGGGAACGUUUCUUGUAGCUAUUACUUUCCCCAAUAUGGAGGAUGUGUUUUGCUAUAAUUACAGAUUUCAUGUUGAACAGGACUUUAUAAUAUGUAGAACAAAUAAGAUUCUGUCCAUGUUUAAGCAUGCUAAAAGUUUCUCAUGUUCUCAGAAAAGCUUUGUGUGCUACUCUGGCUUUUUAGCUGCUUGCUCUCCCUACUGCCUCCUCCUUUGCAAGUGGUGUAUAGUGUGUUUACAAGCUCCCUAGAUGCUGGAUUGCCAUUAUAAAUGCUGUUGUAUCGACUUCCCACGGGACUCCGGUAGCUUUGGGCAUCAUAAUCACUAUAGGCCCUGGCAAUUCAACCAAGUAUUUUAAGAAGACCAGUAGCCAAGGCUUCACAGUAAUUUUUAGCUGUGUCCAGCAGAAGUCUGGAGUUUAUAAAUUCCAUGGUGUUAGCCACCAAACCACUCAGUAGCAAUCCAAGACACCAGUCUGCAAUGAAGAGGACAAAAGAGGAAAGUAAAUUUGAAGUUUCAAGGCCCAACUGUUUGAUUUGUGACUUUAAAGUAUAUGAAGACACUUUUCUUGGAACAGCUUCUAAUUCUUUCUGAUCUGCCAAAUGCCUUUCCCAUACAGACUUUCUGAAACAAAUCUCUGGUGUGUAUUUUUGUAAGUGUGGUUUCUCAGGGUCUUGGAGAACUAUCAGCUUCUUGAUGUCUUAUCUGAAAGCUAGUCACGGAAACUGUCUCCCAUUCUGCUGACUGAUGCAGUUUUCCUGAAGCUUCUCUAUGUUUUUACACCCCAACACUUCUCCAUUUAAAAUGAAAGUAUAAUUAGAUAACAGCCUUCAUUUUCCUCCUCUGCUUAUCUCAGUCAGUCUUCUGCACAUCUCUAUGAUCAGCCAGGGUUAUUGCUUUGCUCUUGUCGGCUUUGUUCCACUUUUGUUUUUCGAAGAGAACACCUCGGUGUUGUGAUAUGUAUUGUGGAGUUUUUGGAGAAGGUGCUCAGCUAAGUGACUAGGAACCGCCAUCCCAAGGGGUAGCUUGGAGAAAAUAAGCAGGAGAAUCUGUAAUGGUGUAGUUGCCACUGGUUCCUCUCAUUGCGUAGCAACCAUGCAACUGAGUCUGUUUUUAAUAAGAGCUACCCCAUUAAAAAGUUUUUACUGCAGUGCAUUGGUGGUAGAGAAGGUGCUCUUGCAGAAUUCCUGUUUUGCUUUAAGUCUGGUGCUGGUGGUUGAACAGCAGGUGUGUGAGUGCUGUAUCCUUUCUGUAAGGCUGAGAUUGAGAUAGCAGGCUAUGAAAGUAGUGUUGCAGCUGCAGACCAUGUGACAAGCUUUAAGAGCGUGUGCUUAUUGUAACUGAGAAAGCAUCUCAAACGCUGACCUUCCAGCCUUUCCCCAUCUGUACCUGUUUAACAUACAGAUGGGGGUAAAGCACGUUCUGGCUUGGCAGGACCCCCGCCGCCCAUGCGGAAGGAAAACGCUUUUAACCGGCACAUAAUGAACUAAGCAUUCUGGUUUUCACUUGCCACUGCCCACCUCCCUCUCCAGCCCACUGCUCUGAAAAAGAGCUGGGGGGGAUCCAUUUCCAGCUGUCUCUGAAUAGGAGCUAUUGGAUGACAAGAGGAAGGCUCAGUCCACCCCUAGAGCAAGGAAAGCCAUGACAGGGUGUCUGUAUUUGAAACUGGGAAAUAACAUCCAAGUAUACCCUCAAAGCACAGGUGUAACAAGCUGUGUGAUGCUGAAACCCUAUUGACAGUGAUCUGUCCUGCCUCUGCUGUUCUCACGUGCAGUAUUUUAGAAACCGUGGAGUGUUUUGUAGUUAACACUGCUGGCCUUGUGUCAACCUAUUCUGCAACGGUGGCCUUUUGGCAAAGGUCUUCCUGUUUUUGAAACGUGGAUGUCAAACAGAAAAGGACAGUGCAUCCAGGAGAGAGCAAAAGCUAAAUUCAUCAUUGGAAGAGGGGAUGAAGGAUUAAUUGGGGCUGAGGAUUAAUUGGGGUUGUAACAGCGCUAGCAAGUCCCUCUGUUCUUUGCUCUUUUUAUUUUGAAACACAUGGCUCACUAGCAGAAGGGUAGUAAUUGGAAUAUCUUUUGAAUAAAAGUGGAACUGACACUGUGUGGGCAAAAUUCCCUUGUUAUGGACAAGGUUAGACCAGAUGGCCAUUACAGGCUCUUUUGGCCUUCAAAUCGGUGAGAGGCAAGCAGGCACCUAGUGCAUUCAAACACUGUUUAGUACGUCAGGGCAGCCAUCUCCCUUUCUGAAGCCAGUCAGAUAGCUACAGGAGUUUGGGACUCAACUUUCAGGCUGGAAGAUCCUGUGACCCCCCUUUUGUGUCAAGCACCAACAUUGUCCCUUUCCUUGCUUCCUGAUUUUCAAGUUUUUCUCUCUCUGCUCGCUUUGCUACAGUCAGUGGCUGUCAAAUGCAGAGGUGAAACCUCACUUCCCCAUGCAAUCUGAAAGCCUGAAGCUUGAACUUGCCGGCUCUCUCCUUUGUGUACGCCUGCAGAAAGGUGGGGAGUACACAUUACUCACCUCAUGAAAUUAAGGUGUCCUCACUGGCUAACUCGUGCUGUCCUUUGUGCCCCUGGGUCUACCACCCUGUCCCUCUGCCAUCACAAGGCUCGCUCCCGGCCCCCAUGCAGCAUUCCCAUGCUAGUGCUGUGGCACGUGAUCCCAGCAUGUCUACCUCCAAGGCGGCUUAGGUUAAAUAUGUACCGUGAACAACUGUGAAAACUGUUGUCGCUCUUCCUUGAUAGAUCAAUAAACACCGCUGCCUGAUUUUUCUCAGCAAUAACAACAUGCAGCAGUGCAACUUUGUCCUUCCCGUAUUGUUUCAGGGAGAGGGGGGUUGUAAAACAUGCUGUGGGGCUCCAUAGUUUGAGCGGGAAGCACGGUACUUUCUGUGGCCCUGCAUUUUAACUGUGUGACUGUGCCAUGCUUCUGCUCUCCCAGUGACUGAUGUGUUGAGAUAGCCAAGAGAGACCUAGUACUUGUUCUGUGUUUUGGGAAGGCAGAAAGGGAAGCAAGCGUGUUGAUAAGGGCCAAGCCUUGCCCAUAGCCUGGGUGCAGAGCAGAGCAGUGGAAGAGGGGUGCCUGGUGCUGGAGUGCCCUGCCUUGGAGCGAGGGGAAGGUAUGUCACUGACUUUGUGCGUUUGGGGGGAGGAGAGUGACCCACUGCUGUUUGACUUAGUGUUGAUGGGGGAGGUAGCAGGAGAGCCUACGCCACUACGUCCAUUUUUCUGAAGUUGGGUGAUGUUGGGUUUUUUGUAUUAUUGUAAGUUUGUAAAGAAUGUAAUCUGUCUGUUGGGGGCAUAAGGAGAAAACAGGGCCUUUCUCUUUUUGGGUCAGGUUGCUCUUUUGUUGCUGUGUUUUUUGUUGUUGGGUGGGGAGGGAGUCUAGCAGCCAUGGGGACAAAAGCCUGGCCUCGGUCAACCAAUUGCAACUAUCCCAGGGCAACAGCCGGUGAGCUGAUGCUGCAGCAGAGACCUCCCGCACCAAGCUGUGAAAGCAAAACCCUGCUUGCAUCUUUCAGUAGGGGGAAUUGGACCUGCGUGGGGCUCUGCACCAGGGCAUUUUGUUGAGUAGUAGGAUGUUGCUCUCAAGGGCUGGUGUUGCUUGUCUUCAGCCCAGUUAGAGAGCUGUUGGGCUGCCCAUGCCAUUCAACCCUCAUGCAAAGGAAAGGUUGGAUUAGAUGGCCUGAAUUUUUCAGUGCGAGCACAGCUCCUGCUGGAGUUGGUUCCCAUAGAGCUCCUCUCCCCGGUGGGGCUCAGGUACUGUGCACCACCGCCAGCCUCCUCCUGGGAGCCCUGGCCGUAGCCCCUGCCUCCCUCCCCAUCUCGUAGAGCACAGUGUCAGGGAUCCUCUUCUCUCUCCUGCUGCUGCUGCAAAGUUGUGUGAACUUUCCUGGUCAAUACUGGAAAGGGGAAUGCUAUUUAUUUUUAUAUUGUGUAUAUUUUGUCUUGGUCUGCUGAUUACCUUUGUUCCCCAAGAGCGACAGUUACCUCAAUAGUUAGUUUAAUACUGUGUGUUGGGUAAUUUUUUUAAAGAACUUUUUUAAAAGCUUGAUCCUUGGAGGUCUGUAGAUUUUAUUUCCAUAUGAAUUGGUUAUUUUGUAUAAAGUACGUUCUUAAAAUAGCA